UAUAUUAUAUUUGUCUUUUGAAAAAAUCUUUGGUUGAUUUUUAAUCUAUGUCAAUUCACACAGUUCAGGACAGACUGUUUGAUAACCUCAUCAAAUAGCAUUUACACCCCAACGUCUGUGUAUAACCCUUCAUUAAAAGCACACAAUCUUAUACAUUUUUUUUAUCAGCAUUUUGAGCUCUACACAAAGCAGCACAGUGGAAUUUCUAUUGUUGUUCAUUGGUGGUUUUGCUAACACAUCCUUUGUAAUUUGAUACGUCGCUCGACGGCAUAAGCCAAUUACAAUGGGAAUAUUGCUAUCUAGGUCAUGACUACAAUAAAAAUAUUUCUAAAAACUUGUUCUCAACAACAACAAUUUAACUAAGGGACAAUCUCGGGGGAAGGGAGGGGGAUUAUCUUGUACAUAAUGCACAACGAGAACAGUUAUGUCCAUUGGUAAUUACGCAUAUUAAUGUUUUUACCCAGUUCUUAUACUGCACAGGAGCGCAUACAAAACUGAAAGUUUAGCAACACAACAUGUAUAAUAUAUUAAACUUUUAUUUUCUAUCAGGCAGUAUCCUUAAGCAAAUAUAUAUUACAAGUUUUACAUAAUUUUAAUACGUACUAUUUUAAAUCAUCACACUUUUUCCCUUACUCACAUCUUUAAUAAAAAUAAGGACACAUUAAGGCUAGAGAUAAACAUGCUUUUUUCUUAUAUGUCAUACAAUUUGUAUUCUUUGGCUUACCUUUUUAUUUUUUAGAACAUAAAAAAUGGCAGAACUUGAACAACAUAAGAAAAUUCUGAUAGCCUUAUCUGUGGUGACCAUUACUGGGAUAAUUGGUGUCAUAUCUUUUUUGUGGCAAAAGAGAUCAAACAAAUUAAUUGCGUUAAAUCCAAAAGAGAAAAUCCCAAUGAAACUUGUUAAGAAAGACAUUGUCAGCCAUGAUACUCGACGUUUUCGAUUUGCGUUGCAGACUCCACAACAUAUUCUAGGUUUGCCUAUUGGUAAACAUAUGUAUUUAUCUGCAAGAAUCGAUGAUAAGUUGGUUGUCCGACCCUACACACCUGUUACAUCAGAUGACGAAGUUGGUUAUUUUGAUUUAGUCAUAAAGGUGUAUCUCAAAAACGUACACCCAAAGUUUCCAGAUGGUGGAAAAAUGUCUCAGUACUUAGAAGCAAUGAAGAUUGGUGAUUCCAUUGAUGUUAGAGGUCCUUCUGGCCACUUAACAUACCAGGGACGUGGUGACUUUGAAAUAUCUGAAAAUAAAAAGCCAGUUAGGAAGUUAUGGGCAAAAAAUGUUGGUAUGAUUGCAGGGGGUACAGGGAUAACUCCGAUGUUGCAAAUAAUUCAGGCUGUUUUAAAAGAUGGAAAUGAUCAGACGCAUAUGUCUCUCCUUUUCGCCAACCAAACAGAGGAGGACAUUUUAGUACGUGAUGAAUUAGAAGCCAUUCGAGAGAAAUAUCCAACCAGGUUUUCGUUGUGGUACACUCUCGACCGUCCAAAAGAAGAUUGGCCUUACAGCACCGGCUUUAUUAAUGAGCAAAUGAUCACUGAUCACCUUCCAGGCUGCAAUGACGAGGCUGCAAUUUUAAUGUGUGGACCACCACCAAUGAUUAAUUACGCAUGCAUACCAAAUUUGGUCAAACUUGGAUUUACUGAGGAUCAGUAUUUUUCAUUUUGAAUUUACAUUUUUUAUUAUUACAUAAGCUAAGCACAACAGUACUUUUGUUUUAUUUAUGUAUUGUUUUUACCAAUCGCAUUUUUAAAAAGUAUGAUUAGUUAAACUUGAAUUUGGUAAUGUUUGUAAGUUUUGAAGUAUCAAAAGUUGGUUAAGCUUGAAAGCAAACUCCCCAUGUUAUGAAGAUUGUUUUGGAGGUUAAGUUUUUAUUUGAGAACCAUACUUGAGCAAUGUAUAGAUUAUUUCGCCGACCUAAUUUCCAUACUGUAAAAAUAAAAUUUUAAAAAAAUGGAAUGGCAUAAAUAGUACCUAAAAACAAAUGGAUUUAAUUCUAAAUCAAAAUAUAUUUGCUUUUAUUUAUUUUUAUUCUUACUUUGCACAUGCUCACAACUUUAAGGUUACUUAUGAUUAACAUUGUUUAUAUCUUGGUUGUUUGUAAAAAUAAACGUUUAAACACUACAAAAAACCUCUGACACGAAUAGUGUCUUUAAUAAUAGUCAAAUUUUCUUUAUUGUUAUUUUUGUAUGAGUUCAUUAGCAGAUUCAUUAGGUUAUGUAUCAUACUAAUGCAAUUCUUGUUUGUUUUGCGUGUGUGUUCUGUUAAGUCUUGGGUAAGCUAUAAUCAGAAAAAGUAAAAAAGAAAGUCCGAAUAAGUUCAUUUUAUUUAAAUCACGUUAGGCAGAUCAUAAAUGAAACAAACGUUUGUAGUUUUUAAUAUUUCGACUUUCGUUCAAGUCAUCAUCAGAGAAUAAAAUAUUUUACAACAAGUGGCCAUUUAUAUGUAACAUUAAAAAUAGUGAUAGUUCUUGAGAGACCAUUAAACCAUGGCUUAAUGCAGGUUUUAAUUGAUUGAUACACAGUGAUUCUUUUAUGAACAAAAUGUUCCAAUUAUUGCUCUGAUCUAUAACUGUAACGUUUGAUUUGAUACAAUUUAUGUGUGGUAAUCCAACUUCAUUAUGCGAUAUUCAUUUGGAAACAACAUAUCAGAAAUUCUUUGCAGAAAAAAAUUCGGAUUAGAGUUUAGGAUUAGGAUCUUAAAAAUUGCAUACGGAUUUUAAAUUUGUAACCUCAAAUAGCUGUUUUUUUGAUUUUUCUAUGUCUAAAGUGAAUUUUGUGCUAAAUUUACAGGAAUUUCAAAUGUGCUUGAAGUAAGGUAAACUAUAAAAUAAAAAAUUGCGAAUACCCUUCCCUAUUCAAAAAAUACGAAGCAAAUUGAUAAGCAUAAUAUUCACUUCUUUCACACUUUUCUUUGUAUCAGUAAAACAGUAAAAGCUAUUGAUAAUGUAAAUCAUUUUUUUUUUCGAUAUUCAUAAGGAGACUGACUGGCACAUUUUAAUUUGCAGCUUUUGUGAGUUUCCCUUUAAAUAUCUUGUAGUUUUUACUGUGGUUUGUACGUGUAUUAUUUUGUUAUAAUUGAGUUAGGAAAUAAUAUCUUCUGGA